ACAUAGCGGAUGCCAUAAACUCGGACAAACAAACGAUGCAUGCUAGCUGUAGUUAGAGCUUCGUGGAUAGUAAAGGUAUAUGGUGAAGAAUCCGAAUUACGAGACGACAACCUCUUAGUCUCCAAAAUGUAAAAAAGCUAAUCAAACGAAAAAUCAAGGUGGAAAAUUGGGAGGCCAAACUUACAUCCAAUACCUCACAUUAUUCAGGUGAACACUGACACUAUGGCAUCAUCCUCAUUCGGUCAGCGUCGCAGCUUACUCACUGCACAGGGAAUAGCACCUCAAAAUAAUCUUUCUUCAAUAAGUGACCCACCAACAGUCGAAGGAAAGCGCAUUGUCGCGGCAAAGAUUGCGGGCUCUGUGGGAACUGGGGCCGCACCGACCAAAGUGAUUAACGCGUUUAUGCAAGUGAAAGACUACACAGGCCUCGACCGGUACCUAUGUAAACACCAAAUACCGACAGAUAUCCUGAACUCUGCUCUUCAAAAGGCAUGCAUGACUUCGGACCAGGAAGCAGUGGAGAUAAUUUGUAUGCACGGUGCAAAUGCUAAUUUUGUUGAUCAGUUUGGAACCACACUGCUACACUUCGCAAUGCGAGGUGGGGGGGAUGAAGGAGUUAUCAAGGCAUUAAUCUCUCAUGGGUUGGAAUAUACGGACUGGAGAUCCGAAGGAAUGCCGCUGCUUCAUUGGGCAUGCAGUAAUGGGAUGACGCGAUUAGUGGAGUUUAUGGUGGAACAAGCAAAUGAAAGCCUUCAGGAGCCGGAUGCCAGUGGUCGGCUACCCAUCCAUGUUGCUGCUGUAUCUGGUCAACCGGAAGUGCUGUCUUACCUUAUCCGGGCCCUUUCUAAAAGAUUGCGCAGUGUUAGCGUGCCCACUGAGUUUCGCAAACCUCUUGAGGAUAUCCUAUCUGAGACUGAACAUAGUGGUAGCCACACUCAAUGCCAACACAAAUUCAGAGAAAGGCGAAUGUCAUCCAAGUCGUGUGACGAAAUCCAGGCGAGCGAAAAUCUCGAUAUAGAAACUGUGCAAACUGCACAAACCGUGGCUGCGUCAAAUUAUUUGGAUGUGCACCAGUGGACGCCACUACAUCAUGCAAGCUGUGAAGAAGCGACAAACUGUUACCAAGACUGUCUGAAGAUUCUUCUGGACAACGGUGCUGAUCCUAUGUUACCCACUUUACAGGGCAAGACAGCGUUAGACUUGGCCUAUGCAGCUGGACGAUCGCAGGUAUUAGUGGAUGUGCUACCAAAGCGCCAGCUCAUUGCACUUCUUGUUCGUGUCGAUGAUAUAGUUCCUCUGCAUGCACGACGAAGACAGCGAAGGACGAGACUUCCUCUACAGCAACUUUCGACGGAAAGUGUAUAUUUUCCUGAACCAGUUGCCGAAAAGUUAUGUGCACCAGUAGACAUAGAACUAAAUCUGAAGUCUUCAACUUUGUUGGAGGAUCGUACACGGAAGGGUUAUUCAUUUGUUCAGCAAUUUCCGGAAAAUAUGGAGUUUGGGAGGGACGAUCGUCACUGUAACCGAUCUUGGGUUACCGGCAAAAGCAAAACAGACGGCACUAACGUAAUUGGCAUUUGGCGAAAAAUACUUUUGAAUGACAACGUAGAGUUGCUGGAGGCGCUGCGUGACUCCAUGGUAUGGAGAGAGCAGAAAAUUAGUACUUCUGUGACGGAGCCAGAUUUUAACGUCAUCAUGAAUAUUGGUUUGGUGCGAAGUGAUGUGGGAUUGACAGAUUUUGAUAGCGCACAAAAAUUGAGUUUGGAACAGAUGUCUGAACUGUUUGCUGAUUGUUAUGAAAACGGAACAGGCGUGUUCUCUUACGUGCAAGCGAACUAUCAACAUCUCUUAAGGGUGAACGAUUUUCUCAGUGUAUUACGAGCUAUGACUGGAUUGUUGACAUUCAACUCUCUAGCUACAAAUAAGGUGGUGAUUCUGCGUCCGCUGUACAGAUCGCUCUUGUUCCUGGCUGUUAUAUGUGGGCGCUUUAGAGUAGCUGAGCAGUUACUUAGAAUGCGCCAGUUUGACGUUUUACCAGCUGCCGUCCUAGUGGCAUUGAUCCUUCGACGUUUGAGGAAGGAACCAAGCUUUCCACAACAAGUCAUAAGCGAACUGGAACGCUUCACCGAUCGCGUUGAACGUAUAGCGGUGGAUGUUCUCAAUUUGGUUUCGUUGAAGGAUAACACCCCAGAGAAGAUGAUAUGUCGAGAAAUGUUGAGCGUGCGACUAACCUCCUUCGGUGACCUGUCACUUAUCGACCUCUUCGCCAAGGCCAAGUGCAACGAACUCCUGAGUUUGCCGUGUUGUCAACGCCUUCUUGACGAAAGGUGGCUAGGCGUUUUGAUUCACUUGCCGACGUGUCUUCGAUGGUCAUCCAGAAUAAUACCGUUGACAGGACUCACAUAUUUGGAGUACAAAUCAUGGAAACAACGAACUAAGACCUGCUCCACAUCCGAUGGCAGAAUCGCGCGCCGCAGUACUGGCGGACAUUCGGCACCAUACAGUAUAGACUCAGUCCCAAACUCGGCGGCCAGCGUGAUAUCGACAGUUUAUCCGCGGGUACCAAACAGAUACUACACUUCCGCUAAACUUAUGGGUUGUAAGCUGAACAGCAACAAAGCGCCACAGGUACAGGAUGAAAGGUUUCGAACAGCCGUUUACGAUAAAAUUGUUGGCAGAGUGGGUUGGCAAAAUUCCCCAAGGUUGUACUUUGUCGUCGGUGUUUACCGAUCGCCGUCAACCAAGUUUUGCUUACAUUCCAUAUUUCAUUUAUUGUUUUUGUUCUGGUUCUCCAUCGUCUGUGUGUACAGCUUGCACUCCUACUUCACGACUCCGGAAAUUAUGGCAUUAUCUUAUGUUGCUGGCUAUGCAGUGGAAGAGAUUAGGCAGAUAAUCUUCGAGGGUUUACGUGAUGGGCUGCAAGAAUAUGCGAAAGACGGUUGGAACUGGAUUGAUCUAAUGGCGAUCGGUCUGACGUGCAUCGGCUUUUGUAUUCGCAUAGGAUGUGACAAAAAGUUUUCGUCUAAAUAUCAGGAAGCACAUGAUCCGUUGCUCUAUUCAACUAGAAAUUUAUAUAUGCUCGGUUUGAACCUGUUCUACAUGCGUACACUGUAUAUCACAUCGAUAUCACAAACCAUUGGUCCCAGAUUGAAAAUGAUGGCCGAUAUGCUACGGAAGGAUUUGGUUCCACUGUUAAUUGUGUUCGCAAUAUUCAUAUGCUCUUACGGAGUGUGGUUUCAGGGCUUGAUACAUCCGAAUAGUUUCUAUGAGACAUAUUAUCAACGGAGGUUGAUCCAAUCCGGUUCGGUUGAUUUACGAGAAGGACAGCGAAUGGGACUUUCUAAAUCUUUCAAAGAGUUAUUCAAAAGAGCGUUCUAUAGUAUAUUUGAAGUAAGUAUUGUGCUCGAAGAGGAAUCUUGCGAUGGGAAUGAAUAUUGUGGAAGUGAAGAAGGCAUGAAUAUUGUAAUCUAUUUUGUGCUUGUUCUCUACACUGGUAUCGUGAAUAUUAUUUUGAUCAAUUUGUUGAUUGCCUUGUUCAGUAACACCGUCUCACGUAUUGAUCAAAAAGCCACUGCACUUUGGCUGGCAGAAAGAUAUAAAAUGGUAAAGGAAUACAGUGAAAGAACGAUACUACCACCACCAUUCAAUAUUCUGUGCGUCAUCUACGAGGUAUGCAUGUUCACAGAAUAUAUGUGUCGAAGAUUCAUCCGACGGGGAUAUCGAUCAAAGCCAAGAGUUUACCCAUCAUCACAAGACAACGAUGAUCCGGUAAAAACACAAACGAGCUCGGAAGCUUCCGAAGAAGAUGACACAAAAAUAACUUCGUGCGAAACGAAGUCGGUGCGUGCUCGAUUGCGCAAUGCGCGGUUCCUACAGGAAGUGACAGGUAAGCGCAGCGUGGUGUACCACGCGAACAAAUGGGAACUUGAUGCUGUGCUCAAAUUUAUUUUAUUACAGAGCUUCGCAUUACAAAAUCGGCGUCAAACACUUGGUGGUGGAAAAGUCACAGCGUCCACGUCACCAACUGAUGAUUCAGAUCAGAUAAAUAAUCAUGAUCUAAACGUCAUGUGUACCCAAAUGAAUAACCGGAUGUUACAAAUGGAGCAGAAAUUGGACACAUUGCUUGUUAUGAUGAACGCAGUAAGUAAGAACAAGUCAGUCCGUCCAAACAUAAUGCACUCGAGACGUUCGCCAACGCAAAUAAGAAUGCCAAACGUUGUACUAAAUCGCGCGCCAUCUAGUCUGACACCUACACCCGUACACAUACCCAGUUCGAAGGAACUAUUCGCCGCCCUGGCCGAAGAGAAUGAUCUGUGCUCAGAGGUUAAUUUUGAAGUGAAAGGUCAUGAACAAGGGUGACGAUGUCCACAGAAACAUGAAGAUCAGCGAACAAAACAUACUGCGAACAUUCACAGCGAAAGGAAUAAUAAACAACCACCAUGCUCAUCGAUCCAUAUUGUUCUAACGAUUACACCAGCAUUGAUCUGGAAACGGCGGUCAGUCAAGUUCGUUGUAUUAGUUAUUUUUGGCUUAUGGAAAAAUAUUGUGUAGUUACUGACUCGGAUUAUCAAAAUAAAGCAAAUGAUUUUU